AGAAGUUCCGGAGCGCUGGGUGUGUGCGAGGUGACUUGCAAGAGAAGGAGUCAGAGGAGUCUUUGACCCCGCCAUACAGAGGCGGGUCUGAGGCGAGGCGACGCUGCCCGGGGUGCCCCGCACCAGGGCCGGUAUAAGAACCGCCUGCCCGCUCCCGGCCCCGCUCCGCCCACAGGCCCGGAUGGCGGCAGCCACGCUGAGGGACCCGGCUCAGAUACAUGCAGAGGGGUCAGUACCUUCUCAGCAGUGACUCUGUUCCUGUGAAGCCAGAGCCAUAGGCACCAUCCUGAUCCUGGGGAUCGUCGCGACUCCCCAGGAAUCCGGGCACAGCGCCCCUUGCAGAGCAGCUGCGGCUGUGUUCCAGGAGGUUCUGACGCGUGGCGCCCCUGCAGAGGCCUGUGGAGCGCUGAGAACUGCAUUGCCCGGAGGACCCUGCGCCCAGCGACGCCAGCGUGGAGCCAAUGAAGGUCCAGGAGACGGGCUGUUCGCUGUUCGGCAGGUCCAGAGCGCAGGGUCAGGCCGAGGGUAGUGUGACCUUCGAAGACGUGGUUGUGUACUUCUCCUGGGAAGAGUGGGGGCUCCUUGACGAGACACAGAGAUGCCUGUACCAUGAUGUGAUGCUGGAGAACUUCGCACUCGUGAUCUCACUAGGUUGUUGGUACGGAAUGGAGGAGGAGGAGGAGGCCCUUUCGGUGCAGCAGGUGUCCAUGGGCAGGACUUCAAGUCCAGCUCCGUCCGUGUGGAGAGCUCAGCCCUGUGACAAGUGUGUCUUGCUUGGGAGAGACAUUUUGUACCUGGGUGAGGACCAAGGAGCACAUCGUGGGCAGAACUACAUCUGCGAGGCAUGUGGGAAACUGUGGUUGGACGCAAAUCUUCAGCCCCAGAAGCACAGUGAGGAGAAGCCAUUCAGAUGGGACAUGGAGCUUGUGACAAGGUACAAACUGCACGUGUCAGGGAAGCCUUUCCCCUGUGGGGGAGUUGGGAAGGACUUCCUGGCCAUCGUGAGCCUUCUCCGGCACCAGGCCACUCUCAAAGGAGCCGAGCCUCACAGCAGCUUUGAACAUGGGGACUCCUUUCAGGGUAGAAAAAGUCCACCCGAGUACAGCGACCACGGGAAGUCCUUUAGCUAUGACUGUAAACUUUUCCAGCAUCAGCAACUGCACCCCAGAGAAAGUUACCACGACUGGGAUAACUGUGAGAAGCCUUUUAACCAAAGCUCCAUCCUUAGUCACUGCCCGAGAGCUUACCCAGAAACGAGGUCUUACGAGUGUAACGAAUGUGGGAAAUCCUUCAGCCAAAGCUACAACCUCAUUCAGCACCACAGGAUUCACACUGGCGCCCGGCCUUACAAGUGCAGCGAAUGCGGAAAAGCCUUCAGCUUCAAGUUCAGACUCGUCCAGCACCUGCAGAUUCACACUCGCGUGAGGCCUUACGCCUGUGGCGAAUGCGGAAAAGCCUUCAGCUACAGCUCGACCCUCAUCAAACACCAGAGAGUACACACGCGAGAAAAGCCUUACAAGUGUGGGGAGUGUGGGAAUUCCUUCAGCCAAAGCUCCAACCUCAUCCAGCACCAGAAGAUCCACAGCGGAGCGAGGCCCUACAAGUGCAACGAAUGUGCCAAGUCCUUCAGCUACAAGUGCAAGCUCGUUCAGCACCUGCGCAUUCACACCGGGGAGCGGCCUUACGAGUGCGGAGAGUGCGGCAAGUCCUUCAGCCAUAGGUCCACGCUCAACCAGCACCAGAGAAUUCACACGGGAGCCAGACCUUAUAAGUGCGGGGAGUGUGAGAAAUCCUUCAGCCAGAAGUCCAACCUCAUCCAGCACCGGAGAGUCCACACGGGCGAGAAGCCUUACGAGUGUGGAGAAUGUGGGAAGUCCUUCAGCCAAAGCUCCCACAUCAUUCAACACCGAAAACUUCACACCAGAUAACCUCCUGCCUGCAGCUGCGGGGCACAGGCUCACGGGUCUGGCGCUCGGACCAGAGAUGUCAGUGCAGCACACGGGGAAGCCGGCUCAAGGCCUAACCUCCUCCUGUGACUCUGGGAUUUCAUAGAAAGACUCACACUGGGAGGAACGCCCCCCCCCACCAAGUUUGUGGGCCUCUAGGAGCCCUGCCACCUUCCUCAGCAUAGAAAACAGGGCAGGUUCUGUGGGCCCUUGGGAGAUAGGGGGUGGGGGUAAUUACCCAGUCCCCCUUCUUCCUCAUUAGGUAGUUUUGACAGCUAAGGGGGGUUUGAAAAUCCUGAUUCCCUGAGAAUAGCCUCUCUUCUCUGUCUCCCCCCCCCCGCCAAGAGUGGUUUAUUCUGCAGGGAGGAACGUACUGCAAAGGAAUCAUGUGCCUUCGACAGGGAGGGUUCAGCUUUUCUGGUGUUCGUGCUUGUAAAAGACGCUCUGGGGGGCCUGAUGAUGUAGUGAAACCUGCGUCCCCAGGUGAACCUCCACACAUCACCUUCCUCCACCUUCUUCAUGUAGUUGAGGAUCUUUAUAAACUCUCUGCAGGAUAGGGCUUACAGAGGCAAGAAACAGGUAAUAGGAUAGAAAUUCUGCGGCUGGGAUGAUGCUCUUCUGCCCAGAUUGCUGACCCACAGAGAAGCUAUUUGGAAAUUCUCACUGAUGCACCAGGCAGGAUGAGGGGACCCGCUCUCUAUUCCAUUUUUUAAUAAAGCUUUAUAAAAGUUAAGGAUACUGGUGAACCGCACAUAUUUAAAAUUGUAUACAGACUGUAAUAAAUGGAUCUAUAUGGCUU